AAAAUGCACCAAACUAAAACCAACCAACACUAGUUGAACGUUCAUCGACGUCUGAUUCUUACCUGAGAGGUGCGAAGGCCUGCCGGGAACCUUUGAGCAAACAUGGACCUGGACAUCCGUCAGCAUCUUAUCGAAGCACAGCAGAACCGAGACCCCGCGGCGCUGCAGGCCGCCUUCCGGUCACUGACCUCCGCCGGAGCCGCUGCUGAACUCCGCGGAAGGAUUCCUCGAGUUCCCGCGGAUCUGUACGUCGUUUGUGCGGAGGUUGCUCUCCAGCUGGGCUGUGUGGACACGAGCACCGAGUGCCUAAAGACCUAUUUCAAUGGGAAUCCACCGCCGAGUCAAUUCCUGAGCCGAGCCUUUCUCUGCCAAGGCCAGCUGCAGCCUCUGCCCAUCGCUGGGAGUGUGGUGAGGACCGUCACUCAGACUCACUCCACUGAGGUACUGAGGGGUUUGAUUCCUUCACAAAGAUUAAACAAAGACCAAACUGCACCAGCCAGCAGCCAUAAAAGGAAUGGAACUGAUCCUCUAUCUCCACCAUAACCUCUGUGGAAUCGAUGUCUUUGG